GCAUAAGAACCAAUUUUGUAAGUGGAUGAAAAUAAACUGAUGAGAUUUUUUCUCGAGAGCGUUGAACAAGUACAAAACUAAACUCUAAUGGGCCUGGGCUGCUUAAAAGCCCAAGUAACCGUAAAACCCCCAACACAAGCUUCAGCUUAAACCCUGGAGACUAAAAUCUUACCGUCGUCGUUGAUUCAAAAGAGAAAAAUGGCGAAGCGAUUGAUCCCGACGUUAAACCGUGUAUUGGUUGAGAAGAAUCUUCAACCUUCCAAGACCGUCUCCGGCAUUCUCCUACCGGAAACAUCUUCUCAGUUGAAUUCGGGGAGGGUGAUAGCAGUUGGUCCUGGAGCGAGAGACAGAACCGAGAAUCUGAUUCCGGUUUCGGUUAAGGAAGGAGACAAUGUUCUUUUGCCUGAGUUCGGUGGUACUCAAGUGAAGCUUGGAGAGAAAGAGUUUCUUUUGUAUAGGGAUGAAGAUCUCAUGGCUACUCUUCAUGAUUGAUCUGCAAUUUUUCAUUGGUUUCAACUUUUGGAUCAAUUGUAUGAAUUGAUUAUUCAAUGUUGGCAAAUAAUUUUCAUUUCA